AUGCACAAUCCAUAUGUGGUGGCUGUACAAGGAUACGGUACAGGCCUUCAUGCUCCUGGAGAGACUGGAGGGGACCUAAGCCUUCUGAAAGCUGCACACAAUAUGAUCAAGGCUCACGCUCGAGCUUGGCACAAUUACGACACAUAUUUCCGUCCACAUCAGAUGGGGAAGGUGUCUGUAGUUCUGGGUUCCCACUGGGUUGAACCCCAAAGAGCCACAGAGGCAAACAUCAACCUCUGCCAAGAGUCUAUGGAGGCUGUUCUGGGCUGGUUUGCCAAUCCUAUAUUUGUUGACGGUGAUUAUCCACUAUCCCUGAAGUCAAAGCACGGUGCUGCUCUUCCUGCCUUCACUGAUGAAGAGAAGCUGUGGGUGAGGAACACUGCCGACUUUUUUGCUUUAUCCUUUGGCCCAAACGAUAUGAGUUUGGGACAGACCUUGGCCCAGUACGGACAGACCCUAUCUCUGGACUUGAGGAGGGUCUUGACAUGGAUCAAACUGCAGUAUGACGACCCCCCAGUGCUGGUGGCUGAAGCCGGCUGGUUCUCUGUCGCCAGUGAAACUACAGAGAACACUGUGGCUUUAUAUCUGAUCAAGAGAUUUGUCAACCAGGUCUUACAAGCCAUUAGAUUUGACAGAGUGCGGGUGAUUGGCUACACAGCGUGGUCGCUGCUGGAUGGAUUUGAAUGGAACCAUGGAUAUGCUCGAAGAAGGGGUCUUUUCUAUGUGGACUUCUCUCAUCCCAAACGGAACAGGAGCCCCAAAACAUCUGCUCUCUAUUACAGAGAUAUUAUUACAAAAAAUGGAUUCCCUGAUGAUAAAACCUCUCAAGAGAUAAAAGGGCUUUUUCCCUGUGAGUUUCAUUGGGGAAUUGCUGACCCAACUUUACAAGUCCGCUUCCAUCCCUUCUCUCCUCAGUUCACUGACCCGCGGCUGUACAUGUGGAACGUGUCCGGAGAUGGGACCCUGCGCGCUGUCCCCGGAGUGACGCUCCAAACUAGACCCUCCCAGUGCACCGAGUAUUUAGCCAUUCGCAAUCAUCUCCGUCUGUUUGCGUCGACUGGAGCGUCUCAUUAUAGAUUUGCUCUGAACUGGUCUCUGGUUUUACCUCAAGGCGACCUGUCAAAUGUGAACGCAGACGCACUAAGGUAUUACCGCUGCAUGCUGUCUGAACUUACAAAGAUGCACAUAAAGGCUGUUGUGGUCCUCUACUACCCAUCAAACACACCUCCAAACUGGGGCCUCCCUGCUCCUCUGCAGGCCUCUGGGGGCUGGCUCAACCACAGCACCGUGGAGGCUUUUCGAGACUAUGCUUCACUAUGUUUUAAAGAGUUGGAAACGGAGAAGAGUGAACUUAAAGGAGCGCUGGGUUUUAUCGCGCUGAACCACUUUACCACACGUUUAGUCGUGCCUUUCUCUUCAAAGCUGCUCAAACCGGCGCCGGAUCACAACUGCGGGACCUUAUUUGAUCCUACUUGGGUCACAUCAAAGCUGGGGCAGGCUGUUGUCCCAUGGGGGUUGAGGAGGGUUUUGAACUGGGUGACCAAACGAUACGGAAGGAGGUUGCCCAUCAUCGUCACGGCCAGUGGGAUAGAUGACCCGGCUGCGGUAGAUGAUAAACUCAGACAAAACUAUGUAAAGAGCUACUUACAGGAGGCUCUCAAAGCUCAUCAAGUAGAUGGAGUAAACCUUCAGGGCUUUUACGUGUGGAGGUUGGAGGAUGGACUAACUCCAUUUGGGCUGUUCACUUCUGCCUCUCAUCAGUCCAAAGCCAAAGUCUCUGUCUCUGUUUAUAGAGACAUUAUAUCCAAAAGAGGAAAGAAGAACAACAACCCCGCACACCCAGAUUACACUCCGUCCAUUUUCCCACAAGCAGUGCUGAAGGAAUUGACUAAGAGUACCACACUUGAUCGCUUCAAGAGAGCACAGAAAAGAAAAGCACCAUCCACUACUCUAGUAUCACGAAAGGAAAGGAAGGCUCGGGUAAAGCGUUCACCAGGUCCAGCGAGGCCCCAAACCCGCUCCGCAGCUCGGGGAACCAUGGCCAAUAUCGCAGUCCAGAGGAUAAAACGGGAAUUCAAAGAAGUCCUCAAAAGUGAAGAGACGAGUAAAAACCAGAUCAAAGUGGAUCUGGUAGACGAGAAUUUCACAGAACUCAAAGGAGAAAUAGCAGGGCCUCCUGACACACCUUAUGAAGGAGGGAGAUUUCAACUUGAAAUUAAAAUUCCAGAAACAUAUCCUUUUAAUCCGCCAAAGGUGCGGUUUAUCACAAAUAUUUGGCAUCCCAAUAUCAGUUCAGUUACAGGCGCAAUAUGUCUGGACAUCCUCAAAGAUCAGUGGGCAGCAGCAAUGACACUAAGGACAGUCCUCCUGUCGCUACAAGCUUUGAUGGCAGCUGCGGAGCCAGACGAUCCUCAAGAUGCGGUGGUAGCAAACCAGUAUAAGCAGAACCCAGAAAUGUUUAAACAAACCGCAAGGCUUUGGUCUCACGUCUACGCUGGCGCUCCUGUCUCCAGUCCGGAGUAUACUUGCAAAAUAGACAAACUGUGUGCCAUGGGUUUUGAUAAAAAUAAAGUGAUUGUGGCAUUAUCUUCAAAGUCCUGGGACGAGGAGACGGCAACAGAGCUGCUGCUUAACUGA